AUGGCUGCCAAAGUAAAGAAGACUCGCAAAGGACUACAGAGCCAGCUGAGCCUAAUCAAAGUUGCCUUGGUUGUGAUAGCUUGUUCUGGUUUCUAUCUAUUUGUUAUGGUACAUCAGAUAGAUAAUCCAUUUAUAAACAGAGAUUUGUCUACACAAUUCAUCCAUGAACCAGAAUCGCAACGGAAUGACUCCUACACCCAACUUGGAGGCGUAGGUUGGAGGGCAGAGGUAAUUUCUGAUUUUGUAAGAAAUGACGAUGCUUUCAAAGAUCUACUUGACUUGGACGAUUACGAUGCUCCAAAAAAUUUAUCUUCAACUGAUGUUCCUGUCUCCAAGUCCAGCAAAGUGUUACAUGAAUCAAAUGAUUUUGACCCAGUCACUGACUUGAAACAGCAAGAUGAAAUGGGUUCUCCUCAGAAUGUAUCUUCAUUUCUGGAAAGAAAAAUGAAUACAAUUGAUUCGGGAGAACUCUCAAGAAAUAAACAUGGGAGUCCAGUAGAGUCCAAAUCGGAUUCCGAAAGAUAUUCUGAAACAGCGAAAUCUUCCCGAAGAUUUGACAACCGCUCGCCCAACCGGGGGUUUGAACGCCUACGGCAUCACAUGUUACACCCUCAAAUCGGAUUAAGAAGGAAACUGGAGAGACAGUUUAAGUUUGUAAACUCAUCAAAACACCACAUGGUAUACAAUGACACAAAGUCCAUCCUUCAGCAAGAAAAAAUAUACAAAGGUGAAAUUUUAAAUCAGACUGAAAAUCUCGCAACAAAAAAUAAUUUCAGUACCAAUGUAUCAGACAACUUAAAAGAAAAAUUGAGCGACAGAAAUCCUCUUCGUCUUCUCAAACAUGAUAACAGCGAAAAGGGGAAUAUCAUCAAAGUUAGUCCUGUAGACACUCAACAAAUGUUGGUGAAAAGUUCCCUUCAUGCAUCUCUGUUGUCAGGUAAAAUGCCAGUUUCAAAUGAUCAAGAUAAAUCAUCGCUUAGUAAUGUGCAAAAUUCAGAUCGAAUUCAAAAUAAAAAUUCGAAUCGACAAAGUUUUAAUCAUGGACAGAAUUCAAGCAAAGUGGCAACAAAUCUUCAUAGUCAUAGAUCGCGACUAAAAGAUGAGGAGAUAAAACGUACUUCCGACCAGCUUCCGAAAACAACUUCGGUGAAAAAACGAAAGAGUCUCCUUAUCUUCGGUGACGAUCGUUCUGGAACAACAUUCGUAACUAAGAUGUUUGCUGCUGAUCCUCAAAUGUUUACAGUUUAUGAACCUUUGUGGGUAACUAAGAAAUGGUUUUCAGGAUCUAUUACAGGAAGUAGAGAGCAAGUUAGAGUUACGUUGGAUUUGAUUAAUGCCUUGCUGUCUUGUCAUUUCACGCAUUCCAGAGCGGGAAAUGAUUUUCUUUUUCAUACCUCAUCGCAUUGGGUGGGUGCAGGGGUUUUUGAGAAAAACGUCUUCAGAACUUCUCCAUUUAAGCGCAAGACAAAAACUGGAAAGUGGUUCUGGCCUAAUCUUCAUCGUUAUCCGGAAUUUGCAGAAGAGGUUUGCCUCAAAGAUUUUAACCACAGCGUAGUAAAGGUCGGACAAGUUCGCGUUCCGCGCGAGAGUAUCUCGACCAUUAUCCCACGCGUGUUCCACGCGAAUCCCGACACUGACAUACGUGUCAUUCAAAUAGUGCGCGAUCCGAGAGGAAGCCUAAAUUCACGAAUAAAGAACGGGUGGAUCUCGGAUUUCACUUACGUCCGAUUUCGUUCCCUGGUGCGAAAGAUGUGUGGUAAAAUCGAAGCAAAUAUUCAGUUUGGCAGAGAAUCAAAUUCUGAAUGGAAAGACAGUUAUAUGGAGGUAACCUACCGAGAAAUUACUACAAUGCCUGUUACCACAGCUAAGAAGAUGUAUAAAUUUGCUGGCUUUGAAAUGCCAGACAGCUUAAUUGAUUGGAUUAUCAAGAGCACGAAUCCUAAUGAAGAGGAAUUACAGGAUUCCUUGGAUAACCCUUACUCUCAUGUUAGAGAUUCUCGUACAAAUGAUUUAAAAUGGCGCAGGGAGUCACCUGUUAAGCGCGUGCGAAUAAUCGAGGAAGAGUGUGAGGAUCUGUUGAAUUUACUCAGCCUUGAUCCAAUCGCUGACGAAAUGGAAACAUUACGCUCUUGA